AUGUUGCACACAGCUGGCAGCGCCUCACAGGUCGAACAGCCAGCAGAGAAAGACAAUGAGGUGCGAGACGUUUUUCAGACCGACUCAAGCCACAGAGGCAGGAGGCCGGAAGACAUGCAGAUGCCACGCUGCAGCUCCAGACUAAGUGAUUCCACAGCGCACGCUCUGGUUGCUGGAGAUAGCGGAGACACUGUGUCACUGCUGUUAGCACAAAGGCAGCGGGGACUGGAGGGACCUGAAGGAGAGGAGGAAGAGGAGGAGGAUGAGGAGGGGAAGCCGCGACGUGCAAAGGGAAAGACACCCAAAGUGCAUAUUAUUAAAGUGCUGGAGGUGUAG